CUCUGCCUUUGCCCUCCCUCAUGCAUCGCCCCGUUGCUGCUGUUGUGUAACCUCCCCAGUGUUGUAUGUUCGCAAAUGCAGUGAGGGAUCUUUCAUCAUCUUCUCCAUGCCAAUGUCUUGCGGGUAAUAUUUGGUUCUAACAAGCUUCUCACGCCGAGAAUGUUGCUCACGGACAGGGCUCCCCACGGGGACCAUGUCAAUGUGUCUUACAUGGGUGGUUUCAUCUUCCUGGCUUACGUAGUCAGUGUGAUGGGAUGUACCACCACUCUGGAGCUUCUGCACCGACGGACGUCGAGGUCUGGCCUGUACAACUGGUAUCUAUUGCUCACUUCCUCCAUAACAAUGGGCGGUGUCGGUAUUUGGUGCAUGCAUUACAUUGGAAAUCGUGCCAUUGUCCUGGGAAACGGGGAAGCACAAUUUCAGAUCAUUUAUAGCAUGACGUUUACGGGCGUAUCUUUUGUGCUCCCGGUUGUCGUUCUGCUUGUUGCCUUCUACAGCAUAGGAGCCAGCGAGAAAGCCGGUUAUAUCCGAAUCCUGACGGGUGGUGUACUCACAGGAGGUGCAGUAUGCGGUAUGCAUUAUAUCGGUCAGCUCGGUAUCAGCAACUAUCGCUGUAGCUACCGUGUUGCAAACAUCGUCGGUGCCACCAUCAUCGCGGUGUUUGCUAGUACUGUUGCGUUGACGGUCUUCUUUCGGUGGAGGGCUACAUGGACAGAUAGUUGGUGGCGACGCGGUAUUUGCGGUUGUGUACUUGCCCUUGCUGUCUCCGGCAUGCAUUGGACUGCUGCAGUUGGCACAUACUACUACAAUCAUGACACAACCAUGAAGCAUAAUGGUCAGCUUUCGCGGAGCCAAGUUGUCAUUAUCAGUUCUGUUUUGGCAUGCGCUGCUUGCGGAGUUCUGACGGCGUGUGCCGUAGUUGCUGGUGGAAAUCGGAGAAGACUGAACAUACAAGCUCGACAGCUCGUCUUGACUUGUGCCUUCUUUGACCAGUCUGGGCGGAUCAUGGUCACUCCUCACGCGUUGCUUCCUAGCCGGAAGAUUGUCGAUCGUUAUGUUGGCAGGACGUUCAACGAUGACGACCUUACCCGGAGCCAUCCCGCUUUCCUUUGGGCAUUCCGAGCGAGUAGACACUGGAAUCUGGUCAAGGAUGUUGUCCCUUUUAUGAGAAGUCGGAUCGAGACAGACAAAGAGGCGACGGAGCACUUUCUUGCCAAGGGAGAGGCCCUGGAUCAGGAAAAUGAAUUGCAGAACGAUUUCGACGAACUCUUCAAGCGACACUUUUGCGUUACCGCUCAGGACCUCGCCGACGAGGUUCGACAGCCUCUGCCGGCCCUCGGAAAGCUAUACGACGACGUACUGGUUACGACUGCUCCGACAUCGCGCUUCUCUCGGGCGAUGGGAUAUUCUCGGUUAAACAAUAGCAAGGGACAGAUGCUUUUCACAGUGCGCCAUUUGGACAAGCAGGAAGCGAAUCGACUGGCCGCCGCAGGUUUCCGUUUCACUGCGGUCGAAAAUGUCACAUCGGUUUUGUCCAGCCGAAUGCACAUUCCAUUGCCUGUGUUGGGCGAGCAUCUAAAAGACAUGCGAGAUUACGCGACUGGAGGCCGCAAUUACGAGCCGGGCGUCCACCUCGUUUCAUUUGUUAUGCGCCCUACCAUUUCCGACCACUUUGAGGUACUAACAGCGAAGGGGACCGGUAACCCAUUGCCUUCAUCAACAUUACCGAUUAAACGAAUUAACAUUCAGCACCUCGAUCUGAUUUCACACAUGGAAGGAUGGACCAUAUCGACCUGCUUGUCUUGGCUGAAAUCUGAAGCAGCCCAGUCGAACAAAGAGAUCGAUGACUUCCGCGAGCAACUGAUCCAUGCGAUGACAUCGCUUGAAAGCGCACUUCCUCCCGAUAUCAACAUGGCCUCGAAAUUCUCAGCCAGACCUCUGAUUGCCCCUUGCCGGAUGUUCUCUGAUUCUGAUGCAUCAAACUCUAUCCUACUGCCAUUCUGCGCUGUUGGAAAUCUGGAUACUCAAGUCUCGAACCCGGACUUCACCUUCAUGCCCCUACGCCUCUUCCGCGCACAGCAACAACUGAACGACGCAAACAUCGGAAGCGAUGGAUUUGCGAAGGAGCUGGGCAGGGAACUGUACUAUUCAAACGCACGCAGCAGCUCCGCCACGGAAGCCGAUAUCACACCUUCCAUCCGUUCUGUUCUGAAACUUUGGCCGCGCAAGCAUGCGGAUUCCCACCAUGGCGAUCUCUCCCAGGAAACGUUGACGGAGCUCUCACAGCUUGGCGAUAUUAUGGUCCGCAAGGAGGUCAAGGUGGAUGUCGCCAAGCUAUCUACGCGAUCACUGGACUCUGCCAAACAUGCUUCGCACGCCACCGUUGUAGCCGGUGAUUUGGCUACCAGCAGUUAUGUGGAUGAACUCUAUAAUCUUUGUUACUCACCUGGUGUUCGCUUGCGGCCAGAUACAGCCAUUACUCGGAGCUCAGUGACCCGGAGUUCAAUGGCCACGGGAUGAGCAUUGAGAUUGGACUAUCUUACUCUCAAACACUGCCCUGAGCCAUACGCCGGGCUCUCACCCAGAUGAGGGUAUGCGCCAAACCGCGAGGAAGGGUGUUAGCUCCGCCCCCUCUCAA